AUGAGCGCCCGCGAGGCAAGACGACCGGUAGCGGUCAUAUGCUGCGAUCUCUCGCGCGCGUUCGACACUGCGGACCACUCGCUUAUCGCUGACAAACUCGCCCACUACGGGAUCCGCGGUCCGGCGAGUCAACUAAUACUCUCCUUCAUGACAAACAGAGCCCAAGUUGUUGUCGGGGACGGGGGUCACGUCGUGUCCUCGGAACUGCGAAACCUGAUGGGAGUGCCCCAGGGAUCCUGUCUCUCCAAUACCUUAUUCACUAUACUACUGAACGACUUGCCAAUGGCAAUACAAGGCGCGGAGUUAUUUAUGUACGCCGAUGAUGUCACGGCUGUCGUCAGCACUUCCGCCGAGCAGGACCUGGGAGAGGCGCUAAAUCACGUGAUGGAACAGCUCCAUGAGUGGUUCCAAUCGAACGGUCUGGCACUCAACAAGGACAAAACGUGCUACAUGACAUUUAAAUUAAACGGGCACACAAGUGAAACUUUGAGGGUGUGUGCGGGCGGCACAGCUAUACAGCACCUGUCAUGCACGCGCCUCCUUGGUUUUCAGCUUGACGACGCGCUGACGUGGGAGCCGCACAUAGAUGAACUGUGCGGCAGGCUGGGGCGCGCGUGUUUCGCUCUACGGCGCCUGGCGCACACCGCGGCAAUAAACACCAUAACAGACUUGUUGCCGAAGCGCACAGACUUGCUAAGUCAGAAAGACAUAUUUACCACCUAG